AUGGCGGUUGUGGUGAUGGGGGUGAGCGGGUGCGGCAAGUCGUCAGUGGGCAGCGAGCUUGUGGCGGCGCUGGCGGCGAGGAGCCGAGCGGCCAGGUUUGUAGAGGGCGACGAGGUGCAUCCGCAGGCCAACGUGGAGAAGAUGGCGGCCGGGAUUCCGCUGGACGAUGAUGAUCGGAUGCCGUGGCUGGAGGCUCUUGCUGACAUGAUGCGGGAGGUUACCGAGUGCGGCCUGUGGGCCGUGACGUCGUGCUCGGCGCUGAAGCGGGCGUAUCGUGAUACGCUGCGGCGACGAUGUGGGCGCGGACUGGUCUUUGUCCACCUUGAUGUGGCGGAAGAUGUGGUGGCGGGGCGGGUGGCGGGGCGGGAGGGUCAUUUUAUGCCUGCGGCGCUUGUGGCGUCUCAGUUUGAGUCACUGGAGGCGCUGGCGACGGACGAGGUGGGCGAUCGGCGCGGGCUGGUAGUCGACGCGGGUGGCGGGGCGAGCUGCGCCGAGACGGCGGAGAGCGUGGCCGACUGGCUCUGCCGCACUGUGAAGUAUUAA